UUAUAUUAUGAUUGUAACUUCGCUGCUACUCGUGUGGUGCAUGACAUACGCGCAUGCGGAGACCUUGACCGACUUAACUGAAACGAAUGCUACGGUUACGGGAGUCGUUGAGCCCGCUGGGAUGUGGCGUCAGGCCAGAAGACGCAGCACUCUGGAGGAUACUUGCAUCACCACCAGCGGCAUUACGGGCACCUGCCUCUCCCGUUUCAAGUGUAUGCGGCAAUCGGGCACCGUCAAUGGCUACUGCGGCACCUACGGAGUCUGCUGUGAAACCAACAUGCAGAGUGGAUCGAGCACGCGUCAGAAGCGAACCAUCAUCAAGAACCCCGCAGCACUGACCGGCGAUCUCAGCACCUACACCAUCGAGGCGUUCAGCGUUAACGUCCAGCAGCUGCGCAUCGACUUUGAGCAGUUCGAGCUGCAGCAGCCCAUCCUGACGGACUCGAUGCUGGAGUGUCAGGACUACUUCGAAGCUGGUGGCUUUAAGCUGUGCGGCGUCAACACGGGCCAGCACAUCUAUCUACCUUUUAAUGUGGCCGCCGGGAUCGAGCAGGUGACCCUUACCUUUGCGGUACCCACACGCUGGACGGGCACCAAUUGGCGUCUGAUUGUGACCCAGCUGGAGGGUCCUGCGGCCAGCACCAAGCGCCGCUCUAGUGCAGCGAGCUCCUUCGCCGGAAGCACCAACACGCUACAGGAUCUGCGCAGCAUCUUCGCCUCGCACCACGCGGACUACGAGCUGCUGGCUCCGGCAGGCUGUCAGCAGUACUACACGGAGCUGACGGGCACUAUUCGCAGCUUUAACUACCAAGCGAUGAUUGGCAGCAACUAUAUGCCCGAUCUGAACUAUAAUAUCUGCAUCAAGUCGGUGGCCAGUGCCAGCAUGAUUGAAUACGCCUUCAGCAAAUUCUCGACGGCGAUGCAGAUUGGAGAUACGGAGGGCUACGACGAGUUCUGCCGGGCCACCGUCCACACGACGGGCAGACAGGAGGACUACCUCAUGAUACCGCAGGGCAUUCUAGCCAAGAACACCGCCUAUCAGCCCACCUACUACUGCGGCACCAAUGACAACCUCUUGGUCUAUGCCUCGCCGCCCUACCUCAUGCACUUCUCCAGCGACGAGAUGACUCUGGACGAGGCCGUGGAGACGGGCUUCAGCCUGACGUAUCGCCUCAGGACCUCAAUCCUGUAGUCCUGCAGUCCGGUAGUCGGUUGACUGGCAGUUUGUUUUAAGUGGCCAUUUAAAUAGGUUUUGAUAGUUUUUGUAUCAGGCUAUCCUAGAAUUUAAUAAACUAGAUUCGAAUGUCUUUA